AGCAAUCCGAUUAAUGUUUUGGUAGUCAACGUGGCACCGCGUUUUCUGUUUCAUUUUUUGUUUUUUUGAUAAGAUUUUUCUGUGUCCUUUUACAACUUCGUUUACCAGCUCUAGCGCAGUCUUGUUUUCAUUUUUAAUUUUUUUUUUCUUUCUCUCUUCAACAACAAUUUCUAAGCUCGCGAUUCCAACUUGUUUCUCAAGCUUCUCUUCUCUCGGCGGCAUCAACAACACAAAAACUUGAAUAAGCGCUUAUUUCAAAAUCACGAUAGCUUUUCUUUAAAUGGACUUUUCAGUUACGAAUGAAUCACAUACCUCGAAUUUUCGGUUAUAGAAAGCAACAAACGGAAAUGAACUCGAAGAAGAAGAAGACUCCAAGGAAACAACCGAAGUUGGAACGCCGUAAUGCCACGAAGAAUUUCAAUUACGAUGCUCAACCGUCGUCGCCGGAAUCCACCGAGUCGGCGUCAAUUCUCUGCACUCGAUCGAUGGAUAUAUACGAUAAAAAGAGCUUUCGAGUUGAAGGCAUCGACGGUGAGUUUGACAUCAUUUGCCGGAGCCUUGGGCUUUCCGGACCGGAGGAUUUCUCAAUUCCGGCGGCGGCUUGGGAGGCAAUGAAAUUUCGGUCUUCGUCGGAUGUUCUGCCGAGGCUGAAUUCGUCAGAUUUUGAUAUAACGAAGGUUAGCGAAGAAAUCGGAGUUGUAGAGUCCGAAGAUAGGGUUUCGAUUAGAGAUUCUCCUGCCGAAACUAGCGGUUGCUGUAACGCGGGCGAUGGUGGUGGAAAAGAUAGAGUUUCGAUUAGGGUUUUUGACGAUGUUAGCAGUAGCUGUACAAGCAGCGAAAAUAGGGUUCCGAUUACGGGUUUUGUUGAGACGAGUGCUUGCUCCACCGGUGGCGGCGGUGGUAUCAAGGGAAUUAGACCUCCGAUGCUAAAGCCUCCGCCGGGUGUUAGAGUUUCUGUUGUAGACAGUACGUGUUCCACGUGGGAUCUUCUGAGGGAUUUCGCUCCGGAAGGGGAAGGAAAAGGAAAAGAGAGAGAAGUGGAAGAGAAGAAAGAUGAAGAAGAAGAAGAAGAAGAAGAAGAGGAAGUUGGUGGAGUGAGAUUGAAGAUAGAAGAAGAGGUAACUGCUGAGAUUAUCGGUGAGUUUUCGAGGUCAUGUUCGUUCACUACUUCACACGAAGAUGAUUCAUCUAGCUUUACGACGGAUACUAGGUCUAAUAGUAUAUCUCCUAAUGUGAGAUUGAUUUAUGUUAUUACUCCUGGUAGCUGGCAAAAGGGUGACCUUUUGGGGCGAGGUUCAUUUGGAUCUGUAUAUGAAGGAAUUUCUGAAGAUGGAUUCUUUUUUGCUGUAAAACAAGUUUCACUGCUUGAUCAAGGGAGUCAGGGAAAGCAAAGUGUCGUUCAACUGGAGCACGAAAUUGAAGUUUUGAGUAAAUUGGAACAUGAGAAUAUAGUUCGAUACAUUGGCACUGAAAUGGAUGAAUCAAAUCUAUAUAUCUUUAUUGAGUUUGUAACCAAAGGUUCACUUUUAAGCCUCUACCGGAGAUAUAAACUUCGAGAUUCCCAAGUAUCUGCUUAUACGAGACAGAUUCUGCAUGGUUUAAAGUAUCUUCAUGAUCGCAAUAUUGUUCACAGGGAUAUUAAAUGUGCAAAUAUAUUGGUUGAUGCAAAUGGAUCUGUCAAGGUUGCAGAUUUUGGAUUGGCUAAGGCAGUUAAAUUGAAUGAUAUUAAAUCAUGCCAGGGAACUGCAUUCUGGAUGGCACCAGAGGUUGUAAAAGGAAAAGUUAAAGGUUAUGGACUUCCAGCUGAUAUAUGGAGUCUAGGAUGCACUGUGUUGGAGAUGUUAACUGGGAAACUUCCAUACGCUCCUUUGGAAUGUAUCAGCGCAUUGUUUAAAAUUGGAAAAGGUGAACUACCUCUGGUGCCUGAUUCUCUUUCAAGAGAUGCACGUGAUUUCAUCCUGCAGUGUCUUAGAGUUAAUCCAGAUGACCGUCCCACUGCGGCUCAACUCUUAGACCACAAAUUUGUCCAGAGGUCAUUCUCCCAGUCAUCUGACUCUGCAUCUCCACAUAUUCUGAGAAGAGGUUAAACUUCUCAUCUCAAUUUAUGGAACAUAAUAAAGGGGGAGGAUAAAGAGAACAAACGACUUUCUAACUGGUUUCUGUUUGAAAUCUCAAAUGGCUAAAGUACACCUAUGCAAACCAUUGCAACAUUUGAUUAUUUGGCUCUUGUUGAUAGAAUCAGUUAUUCAUUGGAUUUAAAAUGCCUCCAAUGUUCAGUCUUCAAGUUGUUUGAGUUGGUCUAGGGGUUCACUAAUGUAGCAAUUGUUUGUCGUGUUGCCUUUAGAUUUUAGAGUUUUCUUGUUUGUGUUGUGCUGUAGCUUACUCUCUCCUGACUUAAAUAUAAUCAAAAGUCAAAAUGUAUUUAGUCCAAAUUUGUGUUUGAGAAUUAUGGUCCACGUGUUACGUAAUUAUUACUCAACAAUAAUAUGUCUGUCGUAGCAAGCUGAAAGUCUUUCAUCAACAAAAUGUAAAAUGUUGCCAGGAUCUUCUACCAAUUUGUAGGCUAAACUUCUGGGAGCAAUAGAAGCAAGAAUUGGACACUAUUGUUGCUUUGUACAUGUUACUUUUGUUAGCAGGAAAUUAUCAGUGUGCAUCUUUAUUCCAUUGAUGUUGUCUUUGAGAUGAUUCUUCAAAGAAAAUACUAUAUUCGACAGUCGAGAAAGGAAAACAUGGCUAAAUUUUUAUGCAUAGGAGAGGAAGGAGAAAUCGAAGAUAUGAAACCAGGAAAUAAUUGUUCUCAUUUUCCGUAUGUUCAUAAUAUACUAUAUUCCAAAAAGGUUUCAAUUUUGUUGAAGUUUAACGUAAGAUUAUGAUAUCAAAAUAUUGGCCAGUAAAAGGUUUUCAAGUACAACGGAUACGAACCCAUACUCCUCAUGUGUAGAAGUGCACCUCAUUUUUAUAACUGAGAUGGUGACUUGUCAAUUCAACAGAAACAAGAUUGAAUAAGUUGAGUUUUGAUGUACAUAUUUGUUGUCUUUAUUUUUGCUGAAAUAAUAGUUUCUGUUUUGCUUUUA